AUGAUAGAGGGCCAUGAAUGUCCGAUUUGUUUGCAAACCUGUGUUCAACCAGUCUUGCUGCCUUGUAAUCACAUAUUUUGUUAUUUGUGCGCCAAAGGACUGGCCAGCCAUUCAAAAAAAUGUGCUAUGUGCAGGAAAGUUAUACCGGACAAUUACAUGGUGAGACCAAAACUGCUUGAUGAUUCUGCUCCAAUGCCAGCAAUAGACGGUUUAACUAUUAAUCUUUACCAAUGGUUCUACCGAGGAACAAAUGGAUGGUGGCAAUACGACCCUCGUGUUAGCAAUGAAAUUGAAUUAGCUUUCAACAAUGGUGAAGUCUCAGUUAAAAUAAUGAUAUCUGGAUUUUUAUACAUAGUUGAUUUUAAGAGUAUGAUGCAAUAUCGAGAAAAUAUUCCAAGUCGAUCGAGGUGUAUAAAACGUGAUCUCAUAAACAUACCAGAUAAAAAGGGAGUUGCUGGUCUC